AUGUCCCUGAAGCCAGAACUUUUUGAAGGGAUGCAUUUUGAUUUUACUAGAGGACUUAAUCAGAAAUUUUCAUUGAGACAAAGGAUGAUGAUGGGCCCUACAGAAAUUCCUUCUCAGUCAUCUGAAACAAUUAAAAUUCCCACUGCUCACUAUGAGUUUGGUGCUAACUUCAUAGACCCAAAUGCUGGUGGAGGUAGAGGAUUGGGAGGAGGUGCAGAUGGAGGUGGUUGUGGAGUAGGUGGUGAUAUAGGUGGUAGAGCUAGUUUAGCUGGAGGCUUUGGUGCUGGUGGUAGAGUAGGUGGAGGUGGAGGUGGAGGCUUUGGUGCUAGUGGUGGCCUCCACGGUAUGUAUUGUCAUCCAAAGAGGAGGCACAAGCCAGUAGUCUUGUCAAUUUUGACACCAUUGAGAUUUUAG